AAUGAAUUAAGUAGGCGCCCUCCGCGCGCCGCUUCGUCGACGAGUGCCUCACGCCCGCGGACAAGGGCUACGCGGUGCAGGGCUGGGUCGGCGAGCUCUUCCAGCGGGCGAUGCCGAUGCCGGCGUACCUUCGCACGAUGUACGAGGGGAUGAUGGCGUCGUACGACGACCACCUCACCUCGAAAUGGGUGCCCGCGCUGCUUCGGAGAGGACCCGGUCGCGCGCCGCCCGUGCUGUGCAUCGCUUCGGAGGGCGACCGAGUGAUCCGGCACGACGCCGUGCGGCGGUUGUGCGAAGAGUGGGCGGCCGCGGGCCUCGACGUCUCCUUUCUCUCGCAGCCGGGCUACGGGCACUGGUUCUCCGACAAGGGCUCGAGCCUCGUCAAGUUUUGGUCGUACUUCGAGGCGACCGCGCCGGCGGUGCUCGACUUUCUCGCCCCUCGCCCGCGGGCGGUGCCGCGCCGGCCGCCCGCCGCAUAUCCCGCCUCAGAGUACCCCGCCUCGGACUGCCCCGCCCCGGACCCACUGACUCGCCACUCUGCAAUGCGGACGCGCUCGGCGGGGGCGGCGGGGGCACGCUCGCCGGUCGGCCGAAAGACGCAAGGCAGCAGCCGAGCCUAGAAGCGGAAGACGUUGGUUUGGACGAGUCCAACCUGUCUUCACACCGCGUCUUCACACCGCGUCUUCACACCGCGUCUUCACACCGCGUCUUCACACCGCGUCUUCACACCGCGUCUCCACCCGCGGCAGGCAGCCAAGCGGCCGAGCCUCGACCAGCCGACCCGCCAGAGCGACCGAGCGAGCUGUCCGCCCGAGCUACCUUCUUGAGCUGACCGCCGCACACCCGGCGAGGUCGACGGCGGGGAGAGCCCCGCUCUCGCCGCUCUCGAAGAAAGCUCGGGUCGUGGUCGUGAGAGGUGUUGCGUGCGGGUGCGGCCUCGGCCGCGAGCCUCGGCCCGUUUCUCCGCUUGUACAACAACGAGGCUUCGCGUCUCAUUCAUUCGCUGUGACCGCUCGCCUGGCGGCGCCAGGGCGGCGCAGAGCGUUAGCCUGGUGCUUGUGAGUUAUGUGGGCGAGGGUGUGUGGCCCUGUGCUGUCAACACCGAACGCGGGGAUCGGGGGGUUUUGUCGUUAGCUGUGGGGGCGGGGGUCGAGGCGCUGGACUGGGCUUGGGCCCGUUUCGUCGUCGUUUCUUUGCCUGUCGCGCGAAUCGUCGUGCUGUGCGACCGCCUUUUGUUCUAGUAACAUUCUUAAAUGAU